AUGUCCUUCUGCAACCAGCAGCUCAGCUCCCGCUGCUUCCCCCCCUGCGAGGUGACCUGUCCCCAGCCCAUGACUUGUGCCUGGAACCAGCCCUGUGUCACCUCCUGCCAGGACUCCUGUGCUGUGGUCCACCCACCCCCCGUGGUCAUCACCUUCCCCGGCCCCAUCCUCAGCUCCUGCCCUCAGGAGAGCUUUGUGGGCAGCUCAGUCCCCCAGCUGCCCAGGGGCCUGCAGGGCUCCCUUGUCUACGGGGACUACUUGUCUUCUUCCUCCUCCUGCAACCAGCUCUGGAGCCAGCGCUACGGGGGCUGUGGGCCAUGCUGA